AUGCAUAAAGUGCUGGUGCCCAAGUAUAAUGGAGCUCACCGUUUUGCGUGUUUGGCACUUUAUCGAGCACUUCUCCGACAAUGCCGUCCUUCAACUACUACAGACACUCCGUGGCUGGGCGAGACCAAACCCCUCGUUCAACAGAAUUUCCAAAAAUAUAAAAAAUUACAAAGCCCGUCACAAACAGCAAAUGCCUUGAAGGCAGGCUAUGAGGCUCUAGAUCUUCUCUCUUCUGCCCAUACCAAUCGGCGUGAUUCUCAGCGGAUUACAACUCUCAUAGCCCAAGCCAAGUCACAGAAAGAUAAAUAUGCUGCGAUGCAAAGGAAAAUUCGGCCAGUAGCGCCGCCUGCCAAACCCCUUACAGCCAAGAAAGCCCGAAAAGAAAAGUCAAUUCGCUUCCAAGAGGAAACAAACCAGCGACAUCCGAACGCCACCUCGAUCUUGAACCGACCCCAGCCGUUGGGUGACAAGAAACGCAAUGUCCCUGUACUUGUCAAUGCACGUGGAAUUCCGUUCUUGCGCUAUAAAAAGCCGCAGCCGAGAAAUGUCAGUAGUGUGAUACGAACAAAACUCGGGCGUCGUUGGAAUUGGAUUGAACGUCGAGACAGGCUGAAAAUUGAACUACUUUUCGCCAAGGACGAAGAGGAGUGGGAUCACAUCACAAAUACUAAGGAGCCAUCCACCUGGUCUGAGCAUCCCAAAAAUGCCAUUGCGGAUGUCAAUGCAAAAAUCGGUCACUUCGACAUGCAUGCCAAAGAGCUUGCAGAUAACAUGUGGAAGAUUGUUCUAGCUGAAAGGGCUUUAGCAGAAGAAGAAGCUAGCCAAAAGCAGCCAAAACAGCCAAAGCAAUGA